CAGCCAGUGAGCACCCGCCAGCGCGCACCUGCCGCAGCGCCGCCAACUCCGCCGCACCGCUGCACCGGUUAUUUCCGUCGCCGGCAGUUCGCGACUCUGCCACCGAGUCGCUUCAGUUCGCAUCCCCAGUGUUAAGUGUGGUCGCGCGCCCCGGAUACAGACAGUGUUGGUUUGCGACGCUGAGCGCAUCGUAACCGCUCUUUGUCCGGUACCGAGUUCGAGUCCAGUGACGGCAUGACGGACUGCAGCGGCGGUGGUGACCGGUGAGCGACGAGUGGGCCCUGAGGCUCUCUGGCUGGCUGCGACCAAUGCAAGUACUCCUCCUUGCAGACGGUGAUCAUCUGAGCGAGCGGCAGCCGUAGCCAUGGGCAGCAGCUGUUCCUCGGGCCAGGCGCACAAGGACAAGGACUCGGUGUCCACCCGCUCUGAGGACUCGCCGAGUUACCAGGCGGCGGCGAAGCGCAACCACAGCGGCGCAGGGCUCGACCCUUACGCGGGUUCUGCGCCCGCCUCCGCCACCGCCUCGGUGCAGCCCCCGGGGUCCGCCGCCACGCACUCCGGCGUCAUCCUCGAGCCAGCAAACAUCGACACGGCCAAGCUAGCGGGCGGGGACCAGUGGACCACAGGCAUCUCGACGGAGAGGAAGCUCAGCAAGGAUGGGCUGGCCAAGGUACGCGGCGUCGCCACCUCCAGCAUCUCAGCGGACUCGAUGUCGCUGUCGUCGCCGCCGGCGCAGAGCCCGCGGGACUCUGAGCGCGGCCCGCCGUCCUCGGCGGCGCCCUGCUCGGCGACGCCGUCGUCGGCGGCGCUGCAGCUGCCGCCCGAGGUGCGCCGCCUGCCCGAGGGCGCGCGACACCUGCUGCUGGGACACGUCGCCGCCGCCAGGGUCGCCCCGCGCUGCCGCAAGAUCGCGCUCUACGUCUGCGCCGCCGACUCGCAAGACUGCUGCGUGGAGAAGGGCGCGCUGCACAACAAAGUGUACCCAGCGGUGCGCGCGCGCUGUCGACAGCGCGGCUAUGAACUGCACGUGGUCGACCUGCACUGGAGGACGGCGCUGGAGAAGCAGCAGGACCACGAGUUCCCAGAGCUCUGUCUGGGCGAGCUGGCACGCGAGAUGCAGACGGCGUACGUGGUGCCGGUGCUGUUCCUGAGCAACUCGCUGGGCACGCCGCUGCUGCCCAACACGGUGGAGACGCAGGACUUCGAGAUGGCGCUGGAGCGCGCCGACAACAAGGAGCUGCUGCGCAAGUGGUACCGGCUCGACAGCGCCGCGCAGCCGCCCUGCUACCGCCUGCAGCCCACCGCGCUGCACAUACCCGGCUUCAAGGAGAACUGUCCAGAUGAAAAGGAGAGGGCGCUCAGCGAAUGGCGCUCUGAAAUUGAACGCACACUGGCUGUCAUGGUUAACGUCUUCCCACAAGAACUCCGAGACACAUACCUCACAACGGUUGUGGAACAAGAAGUUCACAACACUGUCUGUAUGAGCCAAGAGCUUGCACGUCGCUGCUUGUGGCUGUAUAGACUGUAUACGCACACAGGACCAACCACAGAGCCAUCGACCCCAGGUGAUGUGGAGCUUCUGCGGAGACUUGACACACUGCACAAAGAGUUAAAGACUCAGUUAAGUGAAAAACAUAUACUGCGGAUUCCAGUGCGAUGGGUAGAAGGAGGCCUCAACACUCAGUUGCCAGAGCACGCACAGUAUGUUUCAGAAGUGGUUACGCAGCUCACUACUCAUCUCAAUUCUGUAAUUGAUUCCAUCAUUGAGGAGGAUCAAUCCAAGAUGGUGCUUAAGUCCAGCUAUGGCAUCAGUGGACAGCUUUUGCAGGAGCUCAUGUUACAAACUGGUGUGUGUCAGCAAGCUGCUCAGAGCAGUGUGAACCGUGAAGCUGUGCUCAAUGAUAUUAGAAGCUACCUGACAGGUGAUUGUCGACAGCCACUGAUUCUGUCUGGAUGCCAUGGCUGCGGGAAGAGUACACUUAUGGCUCGUGCUGCUCAGUGUUGCCACACUUGGCUACCUGAAGCAGUGCUUGCAAUCAGAUUUGUGGGAGUGUCUUCCCGAAGUAGAACAGUGGAACAGCUGCUCUCUGGGAUUGCUGACCAGAUAUCUGUUGUGAGCGUGGGUCACCAGUGUUGGGCAACACAGAAUGUGAAAAGCCUGUCUGAGAAGUUACCAGCUCUUUUAGCUGCAGCUUGUUUACAGCGUCCCCAGAUCAUCAUGAUAGACGGUAUAGAUCAGAUAAGAGAGUAUGGCUCCAAAACAAUAGACUGGCUUCCGCUUACUCUACCAGAGAGUGUCAAGUUGAUUGUGUCCAUAGCUGAUGACAGUCCUCUCUUCACAGAACUAAAGGAGAGGUUUGGUGCAAAGGCACAGUACAUAAAAAUGCCUGAUUUGGGAAAAGAAGAAGCAGAAGCUAUCCUGAUGGCAUCUGUUAUGCAAUAUAACCAUAGUGUCAAUAGCCGUGUACAUGACUGUGUUCGUUCAUCAGUGCAGAGCUGCACAUUGCCACUGUACGUAAAGGUGCUGGCAUGGCAGACAUCAUGGUGGUCACACACAGACCACAAUGUUGCUCCGACAGGUGAUGUCAUCAAACAGAUAAAUCAAAUGCUGGAAGAAAUAGAAAACAUUCUUGGGCAAGAUAUGGUGGAGCAUGCGUUGUCUCUCAUAACUGCUGCAAAGACUGGUGUUACAGACUCUGAGAUAUUGGACAUUCUGGCACAUGACAGCAUCUUCCAUAGCACAGCUACAUACGUUCCAUGGGCUCCAGCCUGUCUGUUCUGGGCUAGGCUCAACAAGUACAUGGGACCUUUCUUGCGGUGGUCAGCUACAGCAGACUGCAGCACUGCUCAGUGGAAUGAUGAGAUGCUUCUGCAGACAGCUGCAAAACGGUAUUCACACAGGAGAAAGUGGGCUCAUGAGACACUAGUCCAGUAUUACCAGGGCAUUUGGUCAGAGAAGGAAAAUCCACAGCUGGUUGCACAUCUUUUAACACAACCUAAUAAUAGUGAUGGAUGCUAUAAUGAUCGGAAAUUGGAGGAAUUACCAUAUCAGCUGUACAAAGUGAAAGGUUCCAUAAAGGAAGAAUUCUUAUUAAAUGAUAAAUGGCUUUAUGACAAACUGUGUGGUUCUGACGUUCAUCAGGUGCUGGAAGAUUUUGCUUUGGAAGAAUCUAACCCAGAAACGUGGGAUGUGGAGCUAGAAUUGCUGCAGCAGUGCCUACAAGAGUGUGGUUCUACACUUCUGUAUGAUGGAAGACAAAUGUACUCACAACUGUUGUGGAGGUUGCAGAACCAAAUAACCAGUAAAGGCGAAGUUGGGAUGCCGCACCUUUCAAACCUUCUGCAGAUUUGUCGAGAUCCUCCUGUCCCAUCAUUACUUCCUGUCAGCAAUGAAGGCUUAUUAUCUGAAGAAGAAGAACAAUGUUCAGACACUUGCAUUGACUUGAUUGCACGCCUUGGGAACUGUGCUGAUUUUGUAGCCACGGUGGCUACAGAACAUGAAGAAAUUGCUGUAUGGAGUGUGAGAACAAAUAAGAAGGUACGAACACUACAAGGAGUUACUCGACCAGGGGGUCUGCGUGCCAUUGAUUGGCGGCGGGCGGUUGUCCUCUGUCGGCGAGAACUGAGAGUUUAUGAUCUAGAUGCUGGUCGUCUAAUUGUUCGUCUGAAAGGAGUCAUGAAUCAAAAAAUGCCAUUUUUUGGACUACAUGAUGAUAGUCACCUAGUGGCUCUCUCUCGCAAUCGCAUGUAUGUUAAUUUGAUGGAUCUACGAACUGGGGACUGUGUGACAACAUUCAAGGCAGGAGAAGACCGCUUCCUGAACUCACUUCUGGUUUCUGGUGAUGGCAGAGUUUUAGUAUGUGGUGAUGAAACACAAAAACCAUUUCCACUACUUGUAUGGAACCUAGCAUCAAGGAAAUUGCUUUAUGAUCUACGUAUUCCACAUCAUGAUUUCAUCACAAGUUUAGCUGCAAUAACACAUGAAGGACAUUAUGUGUGCUGUGUAGCAAAGGAAGUGGAUGAACCAUCUCCAAAUUUCAUUGUUGUGUAUGAUUUACAAAGUGGCACACUAUUCAAGAAAUGGAAGCCUGGUGUGGAUACAGUUUCACUAGAUAUAUCUUCUCGUGAUGGCUGUGUGAUCAGUGGAUUGGAAGAUGCUCGUAUUUUGGUCUGGGACCUUGUCACAGGCAAUUGUCGCUGGAAUCUUUGUGGCCACACAGCUCCUGUGACAUUCCUGCGACUUGAUCCCCUUGGUGGGUCAUUCUUAUCAGCUGACAGUAGUUGUCGUGAUCGUUCCUUGCGUCUCUGGAGUCUUAGUAAAGGUGAGCUGCUGGCAGUCUACACCCCGGAGAAACCAGUGACGUCCUGUGAGGUGACAAGUGGGGGCUGUACUGUAGUGCUGGCGCUACGUGGCUGCUCCCACAUCCUUACACUACAGCUGCACGGGCCUGGUAUCCAGUCACCAACAGAUGACGUGGUGACUUGUUAUGGUGAUCCAGGACUGGAAGGAAAGGUUUUUAAUGUGGAGGAUGAAGAGAGGUGAUGCUCUGUGAACACAGUGAAAGGCAAAGACAGUGGUCUUAUAGGCAGCUGCAUUGCCGAAAAACAGUGUGGACAGUGAACUGUUAAGACAGAGAUCUGCAGUCAUGUUGAUAAUACGCUAAUCAUGGUGAGACAGUUACAGUGCACAGCAUGGAGUGCAUGACACAGAGUUGUUAUCCUUAUUCUGAAUCGUGAAGUGUUUUUUUUUUUUUUUCUGAUGUUGUCACUUGUCUUGUGAAGCAGAUAUUAUUUGGGAUUACAUUCUUGUGAGACCACCUGGACUGUUUUAACUCAUUGCUUGAUGCAACUGAACCUUUUGUGUGUGUGUGUGUGUGUGUGUGUGUGUGUGUGUGUGUGUGUGUGUAUGUGUGGGCAUGCGCGCAUGCAUGUAUGCACACAUACAGAGAGAAUUUUAUACAUCUUCAUUAACAAUGGAGUCAUAUUAUCUGACGGGCACAAACAUUUCAGGAAUAUGAUAUAUGUAAAUGUUCAGCUCUUGGUGACAAAUAUUUCCAUAAUUUGAUAUCUGUAACAUAACUAGCUCUUUCUGUAAUAGAAAUGCAUUUAAACUUCAUUUUCCUCUUUUGACAUUCUUUGCUGAAAUUUCUUCAUCACAGGAUUGAAAAUUUCCUCUUGACCUUCUUAAUUGGAUCUAGUUCAUCACAGAACUCAACUCCAUUUCUCAUUAGCUUCUUCUUACAUUUUUGGAAAAGCCCAGCAGAGUGAAUCUUACAGAGUUAACUAAGAUUGGUAAAUCAGUUUGUUGUUGAAUCAGAUGCUGACCAAGAAAUAGCGAAAAUUCCUGGAGGCUGACAGAGGUUAUUGUGGUGAUAUCAUGAUACUAGCACACAUAAUUUAUUUCUACCUAUACUUUUCUAUUAUUUUUUCAUAUUUUUUGGCUGCUUACUCUGAAUUUAUCUAAAUUUUUGAACAUUUGGAAUAAUUUAAGGAAUGCUACUGAGAAUACUGGUUAUAUUUGAGCUCACAGGAACAAUGCUGUCAACUGAAUGGUUAAUAUGAACAAAGCAGAAAUCCAUAAAUAGCAAUUUUAUUGAAUGUUGUAAUAUAAGUACUAUAUUUUAUUUUUGAAAAUUUAUGAAAAAUACUGAUAUUGGUUCCACAGAUACCAAAUGGAAAAUCAUUUAUGACAUGUUACAAAGGAGGAAUUUAACAUACUGGUUUUAAAGAUUAUUUAAUUCAUUCAGUGUUUCAAAUUACAAAUGACAUUGGAAAAGAAAUGAGUAUGAUCUUAUUAGUAUUAUUGUUAUUAAUAAUAAGUUAACACAUUACAGUUAUGUUUGUGUGUUGGUUCUUAUAAAAGCAACUCAAGUGCCUCAUUUUAUUUAUUGUUCUUGGAAACUUUCUGUUACACGUAAACAGCAUGAAUGAAUGUUAUCUACAAGGGUCAUUCAAUAAGUAAUGCAUCACCUUUGUCUGUGACCUCAUGUCACCUUAAUGUGAGAACGUGUAUAUGGCCAUGCUAUCACUUUACUUUUCUAUGCCUUAGCCAAGUGUUUGCUGCAUCAGUAACUUUCCCAUCAUUGCUGUAAUGCUUCCUGUGGAAUCCAUCCUUCAAAGGGCCAAAGAGGUGGAGUUCAGAAGGUGUGAGGUCUGGGUUGUAGGGUGGAUGAGGAAGAAGAGUCCAUCAUACUUUUCUGAUCUCCUCUUGGCUACACAGACUUGUAUGUGGCCUUGCAUAAUCAUGGAUAAGGAGCAAUGUCUUUGCAUUUUUGGGGCAAUGAACUUGCUCUAAUCAUUUGUUCAGUGUCCUGAGAGUCUCCCUGUAGAUUUUAGAGUUGACCAUUUGACCAACAAACAACAGAAUGGCCCCUUCAGCCCUUUCUUUAUCAGUUGAGGGUACUGUUUUGAACUACUUCAUCAAAAGAUAUGGUGUGGAUUGCCAUUUUGUUUCAGGUUAUAAAUCGUGAACCGAUAUUUUGUCAGCUGUGACAAUGUUCAACAAGAGAUCUUCAUCAUCAGUCUCAUAAUGAGCUGUGCAUGUUCCUCCUUUCUCUUUAUGCUUUUUGGUUAGUCUUUGAGGAAGCAAGUGAGCACAAAUCUUUGAAUACACUAACAUGUGGACAAGUGUGUCAGUACUACAAACAGAGAUGUCAAGCUGAGAACUGGGAUGCUUGUUUGAUAUUCAUUGAUCACCUCAAAUUAUAGUGUCUGCACAUUCUAACAUUAUAGCUGUCCUAUAGAUGAGAAACCAGACAAAUUUAUUCUCCUUCUUGUGUUGAUGACAAAUGCUUUGUCCAGCAACUUACCGUGGUUUUAGAAAGAGGCCAGUAUCUGAAAAAAAUUCUUUAAAUGCUUGUGAACUUUUCUGAUGGUCUGGUUACCACUGAAGAAAUUCAGUGACUUCUCUUUGUUUGCAAUGCAUCUCAAUUGUGGACACCAUUUUAACCAGGAUUGGUCAAUAAACAAUAUGUACUGCAUUACUUAUUGAAUGCCCCUUACACCAAUUUAAAUUUUUAUGACUGGGAGCAGCAACAUUUCUUGGAUGUCAUAUCAAGGUAACACUGCAAGUUAAUUUGUGGAAUUUAAAGAUUAAAAACAGUCUCGAUUGCAACCUUUUAUUUUUGCUCUGAGCUGGCAGAGUUGGUGGUCAUGUGUGUGUGUGGGGCACACUUUCUUGUGUGUAUGAAUGGUGUGUGUUUCUUUGUUUUGCAGAUGAAGGCUGUGGCUGAAAGCUUUGUGUAAGUGUCUUUUAAAAAUAAAAAGUUGCAAUCAAGACUGUUUUUAAUCUUUAAAUUUUAAUUUUAGAGAUUGCUGAUAAUGUUUUCAAAAAUUUUAAUUUGUGUAAAUGCAUAAACUGUAAAGACUGCAGUGAUAUAGCCAGAUUUACAAAUGAAGGUGGA